ACCCUAAUUCGAAUACAUCAUUUGAAAACCCUUUCCUACCCAACCCUACUUCGAAUACAUCAUUUGAAAACCCUUUCCUACCCUACCCUACCUCGAAUACAUCAUUUGAAAACCAUUUCGGGUGAAGAAAAUGGAGAAUCGGUGAAGAUUGACACAAGUUUUCGUUGAAACACCCUGUAUACAAUUUUAUUAUCAUAAAAACAAUACGUAGAUCACCUUCAUUCGUGCGUUGUUAAAACAAACUCAACUAAUUAGAAAUGUGAUAAAUUCCCUUUGAUAGUCUUUGGGCCAGUCCUGCACUGCGCGCGACAUUGGAGAGACCACAAGAUGACUGAUAAAGCAAAGCGCUAAAAUGUAACUAUAGAUUUCGUUUCAGACAAAAGUGAACACUCGGUGUGGUUACCCACCACUUUGCUCGGUUCAUUAACGGUCUCCAUCUCUCCAUUUAAUACUUAAUUUGUUAGAAUAUUCAAAGAGCGAAGCGUACGGGGGCAAUCACUGCAGCUACACGUGUUUGUCGGACAAAUAUAAAUAAAUAUGGUUUUUAAAACAGUUUUGUAAUAUAUAAAUUAUAGUAUUUAUUAUUUAAAGUUUUAUUUUACUUAUCGGAAACAUGAACGCUAGUAACAGAUCGGUGAUUUUGCUGGUGUUGUUGUGUAGCAGUGGGGUUUUAAAAUGUGAUGCCUUUGAUUUAGAUAUCGGGGUUUUAGAUGUGAUCAAAUUGACUAAAUAUGUGGUAGAAGGUAUAGCAAAAUCGUGGAAUAUAGUCGACCAAAAGAUGGAUUUUUCGAGCAUACCCUUACCGAUCUUGGAUAAAACCGAAGCGAAAUUGUUUGGAAAGCUCGAGUCGAUAUCUCAAAAAAUUGAUAGAUUGGCUGCUAGUGUGGAUGGAGCAGGAACCAACACCAUCGCCAUGGUUCUGCACAACCUUCCGGACCGGGUGCGGCUGGAGCUGCGGCUCAACGACCUCCUGAACUACAUGACGCGGGCGGACGUGAACUUCAGGAGCUUCCAGCAGUACGCCAACCAGCAGAACGACUUCGAGAGGCUGACGCUGGAGGACUUCGCCAGGACGGUGGUCAGUCACGACAGCAAUUCCGUGGUGAAUCUCAUGGAGAGGAUCCACGCGUUCAUCGCGCCCUCGGGCAAGGGGAUCACCGACACCGGCGUGCUGGAGCUGCUGGUUAAGGAUUUCCAGGAAAUCGAAGGCGAUAUGCUUUGUAAUUCGAAGCAAUCGCCUCAGCAGGUGCUCUACAACCUUUACAACGCCAUAGCCCUCACCGAAUUGAAGGGCUACUCGAUGAUACAGUUCUCCUACAUGUUGCUGCGGUUGUACAACAAAGGAAACUUCACCACCGAAUCGGAACUAAUGCGGAAACGGUUCCAAGAGAGGACCGACAGCGCGAUGACUAUCGUGAGGAAAUCCCUGGAGGAUUCGUCGAGGCAGUACUGGAAUUGCGAUCCCAAGAGGCACAUUAAAGGUGAAACGUACGAAGAAAUCACCCAGCUGCUGCAAGGCUACAUCCAAAACGAAGUCGACCUGAAUCCGGAGGGUACUUGCCGGGAAAAUUGCGUGGAAUACACUUACACCAAGAGCCACGGGUGCUUCCAGAAUUUGUACUGCAAGCAACAGAGGCGGUGCAACGGAAAAAUACUGGACUGCAGGUACUUCGAUUCCGACAUGUGGAUUUGCCCGGCCGAUCCAUCGAGCGGCAGGCGGUACGAGUACGUGGAAUACGAAAACGGCAAAGUCCUGGGCAGGAAGCAGGCUUGCACGAGAGGCGCCACCAAAGUGGACAGCUGGUGGAGGUGGCUCUUCUGGCACUGCUCCUACUGCUUCUGUCUGUGCGACGAGCAGAACAGCAGCUCCGACAGAUACGUUAACAUGAGGGCCGUCGUUGCGAACAUUUCCCAUAACAUGGUGGUUACCGGUUUGAGAUUCGUUAAACAUAAUCGGAUUAUUCACGUUCAAAUACAAGAAGGUAAGCUUCUUCCGAGAGGCGGAAUCGACGCUACUACGGUGAGGUGGGUACCUGUAGAGGAUUAUAAAAUAACCGAUAGGAAGAUAUUCAACGGGCAGGAUUAUCACACGUUCAGUUGGGAGAAAAGAGCGGUGGAUUUGGACGAUUUGGAAGGUGACGAUGGACACGUAUUAACAGGUGUCAGGUUCAAAGAAAUAGGAUCCCAUCUGAAUUUCGAAAUACUCGUCACGAAAUUCGAUUUCGAAACCGGAAAACUAAUCAACCCGGAAAGUACCAGCAUAUGGAAAGAUAAUUCCAACACGGACGCUGCCACUACUAAUCGCAGGAAAAAAGUGUGGUUGGUCGAUCCGGAUAUACCAACAAGAACAACCUCGCCUUCCAUACCAACAUCACAAUCCGAUCAAUACAUAGAGCUGACCAAUUCGGACAUCGAUAGAGACGCCGCUCAAACGACGGUGCCGUUCCUGGACGCUCAAAAAAUAGAGUCUUUGCAACCGGUUCCAUUGAGCGGGGCCGGGAUAUUCCACAAGGGAAGGAGAUAUUUCGGCGGGUUCAUAACGCUCAAAGUGAUAACGUACGAUUUCAGUAAACACGUGCACCCCGUUUUCCCUGAGGAUGCAGCGAAUUAGGUACGAAACGUCGAAGGGUGGUGUCUCUUCAACAAAGUUUUUGUGAUAGAUUGUCGUUUUUUAAAUGAUGAGACACGAUGUGCCUACUUAUAAAAUUUUAUUUGUAGAUAAUUAAAAAAUGCUUGCAAAAAUAAUGCAUUUCUAAAGUGAAAUUAAUUCGAUAAUUAUUUUGGAAUUGGUAAUUUAUUAAAAAUAUGAAGUGGUUUUGAAGUUGAAUCAAAUUGUAUGUAAUGUAGGUAUAUGAACAAAGUUUCUGAAUAAAUUUGAUAUUAAAUUACUAGCACAAUGAUUCAUUUUAUUAAAAUUACGUAGAAAUAUUACGAAAAGCAUUGUUUUUGAAAGCAAACAUUUGUGCUAUAAUUGAAAUGAAAAAUACUAAAUAUUGUAAGUAUUUAAAUAUUGGUAAGUUAUUUACCGCACUGUGAUUAUAUUAGAACAGUCAAUUUUAAAGCCAUUGUACCAUUUUUAGAGGUAAUUUUUGUAGAAAUGCAUAUUUUGUGAUAGAAAUAAAGUAAUAA